UACAAGUUAAGUAAUAAUUUAUAUUUGGAAACAAAUUCUAGUAGAACAAAUUCAAUUAACUGUCUUGUUAGUUACAUUAAGUACAUAUUGAUUACUGAUGCAUACUAUGAUGGAGAUUACAGAUAAAAAUCAAAAUAUAAUUCCAGAAGACGCUUCACAAUUCAAUAUUUCAAAUCAGCCAGAUGCAUUCCAAAAUAACGGCAGCAGAGACACAACCUAUGCUAAGACCAUGUUAAAGGAAUUGCUGAGAUUUGACGUUCAUCAUCGAAAUGAAAAGGACUUACGGGAACAUGUCUCUCGACUUCACUGUUUGGUUAGAAAGUGCACCUCACUGAAGAAUCUAGUAGCUGUCACGAAGGACCUGUUGGCUUUGAGAAACACUGAAGUCGAGCAGCUAUAUGAAAAUAUGAACGAUAUGGAGGAAAGAAUUAAUUUGGAAAAAAUAAGCAACAAAACAUCCUUAACACUUUGUCUGAGUCUGCAAGGUUGA